GCGCCCUCUACAGGCAAGAUGUCGUCCGAAGUUAUAUUUAGGAAAGCGACCGGUUUUGUGUGACGAUGGAAGCAAAAUAAGACUUGGUGCAUGGCAGGAUUGCCAUCGUUCAUCAUGGAUGUGUACUUAACAUACCAAUUGAAGUGAUUUGAGCCAUUCUGCUUGGAUUAAACUGCAUGUAUUGCUGCUGUUCCAAGUUUGUUUUCUUCAGAACUACGUUUUCCCUUUGAAACUACUUUUUCUCCCAAGAAGAUGAACUUAUUUAAUGGAAUAUACACCCAUUAUAUCGUCACUUGAUUUUAUUUGAAUGCAGACACAGGACAUACAAACACCUACUUUUUAGUUGUUAAAAGAAACAUUCAUAAAAAUGGCUGAUCAUUCUGAAUUGGUUGGUGAAAUGAGUUCUGUGGAACGGUUGUCUACUGCAGAACGACUGAAGCACGCACGUAAACGGCGGUUGCAGCAGUUGAAGAAAUUCUCACAGUAUGAAAAGCAGCUGGAAAAGGAAAGCAGUAAAAAGAAGAAGAAGCAGGAUAACGCUGUACACAAAGUUCGCAAAAAGAAGGAAGAAAGAGUACAGUUUGAACCCUCUGUCACAUUACUGGAGGCUACAGCGCGCAAUGAUAUUGAUGAAGUGCGUCGACUACUACAAUCAGGUGUUAGCCCAGAUGAAACAAAUGAAGACGGUUUGACAGCAUUACACCAGUGUUGUAUUGAUGGCAAUGAAGAGUUGUUGAAGUUGCUACUGGAGUACAAUGCCAAUGUAAAUGCUAAAGACAGUGAGUUGUGGACGCCACUGCAUGCUGCCGCAACCUGUGGACACAUUCAUCUAUGCAAAUAUUUAAUAAGCAGGGAAGCUGAAUUGCUAGCUGUGAAUGCUGAUGGGAAUAUGCCGUAUGAUAUCUGUGAGGAUGAAGAAACAUUAGAUUAUAUAGAAACAGAAAUGUCAAAAAGAGGUAUUACACAAGAAGAAAUAGAUGAAACGAGACUACAGAUAGAGAAGUUGAUGCUUAAUGAUCUGAAAAAGGUAGCCAAAGACAGAAAAGCACUUGAAAAGAAAGAUGAAAAUGGUGUGACACCGCUUCACAUAGCUGCAGCAAAUGGCUAUUUAGAAGUUGGUCACUUUCUAUUGUCAAAUCGUUGCUCAGUGUCGCCACGCGAUGACGAUUCCUGGCAGCCUAUCCAUGCUGCUGCAUUCUGGGGACAGCCAGAAAUGUUGCAGAUGCUAGUUGAACAUGGCGCAAAUCUUGAUGCGAAAACAAGGAAUGGCGAAACGGCUUUUGAUUUGUGUGAAGACCCCGAACUAAAACAGAAGAUUUUGGACAUGAAGGAUGAGAUAGAAACAAACAAAUCACAUCAACCACACAACAUGACCAAGCCGCAUAGAAUAAGUACACGCAGCCUCGCCCAAUCUCCUGGGUGGUUGUAUAGCUCCAACUCCUCGCUGACCGACAAAUCCCCGCACAGUGCCUCAUUACGGCGAAGUAGUUUGCGUGGAGAGAAAAGUUCACUGUUCAAGAAGGAAGCAAAGGAGGAAGCUCUUCAUUUUGGUCUGCGGACAAUGGAAGACGAUGAUGAUCUGAAUGAUGACACCGAAGGCAAGGAAAAUCUACCAGCAACAAACAUCGAUGAUGUCGCACUCAUUGUGUUAUCCGAAGAAUCAAAUAUUGGAGAUUCUGAAAAGGACCGUCCUGCCAAAAAGACAAAAUCACCAGAACGAGACCUUCCACUGGGAAAACAGAACGAGAAUGUAUUGGCGGUAUUGGCGGCAGCAAACUCUUCAACACAGGAGCAGUCACUGAAGAGAAAGAUAUCAGCCAGUGUGGAGGAAAUGUCCUCCAACAGCUUGAAGAAGACAACUACAACAGCAGCAGCAUCCAGGACAAACGCAUCAACAACAGACACCACCACGUCCACCGCAAAGACUCAAUCAAAACAUGUGCCUUCAUCUGCAACUACUACUUUAGCCGAGUCAUCAUCAUCAUCAUCAACAACAACAACAACAACAACAACAACAACAUCACAAUCCAAACCCACUGAUACCGAUGCCAGCCAGAUGCCACCUGGAAACUUCGCUGGGUCAGGGUCCGUGCCGCGGUACCCAUCAGGCGUGUCAUCCGUGUCGCUAUCCGACUUGAAGAAACAGAGGACGGAUCAGCGGCAGGUGGAGGUGGUCGAUCCGUACACUCAGCGUCGAGACAAUUUGGAAGCUCAGGUUCAGAGCAUGUUUCUCCAGAGUCUCCAGUCAGACAUGAGGCCGACUGCCAACGCCAAUGCCAACGCCAACACUAGUAUUCUUCCAAGCAACGGCAAGAAGGACAAGACGAAUGGGCAUAAUAACAACAACAGUCUGAGCUCGUCGCCGCCCAACCGUGCAUACAUGAAUGAUGGACAGCUACGUCGCUUCACCGCGCCCAACCAUGCCGCGAUCGUUGGUGGUGAUGAGGACAAAACAUCCUGUUGUGUGAUAAUGUGAUGAAAGCAAGCGAAAGUGAGAGAGAUAGUGUGGGGUUUUUGUUUCUAGAUGUGAGUGAUUUGAACAAAGUGAGUUGUCUUCUGCAGGAUCAGUGUCAUAGUUUCAGAGUGGUCCACUGAAAGUCGCUGGUGAUUGAAUUCAUUAUUAAUAUCAGACUGGUCUGAUUUUUUAAAAGUUAAAAUUGUAGGGGAGAGUUGUGUCACACACGAUUUUCAUCACAGCAAUUAUGGUCUACUUAAUGUAACUGAAACAUUAUCAUGUUGAAUGAGAAUCACUGUCGGAGGCCGUUUAUAUGGUCUGCUAAGUGUCAGUGGUCACUUACAUCGAGAUAUAUUCAUUAGGAACCACUGUUAGUGGUUAUUUAUCUGACCUCAUUAUCACUGGUGUCUUACGUUAUUUUAUGUCAUAAGAAUCACUGUCCAUGGCCAGUUAGGUCAACUCCAAUAUGGUCUGCUGAAUGUGACUUACGUCAGAUAAAAGUUCAUCAGAAUCUCUGUCAGGGACCAGUAUGAUCUACUUAAAAUUGCUUAUGAGAGAUUUUUCUCAUAAGUAUUAAAGUUUACCUGAAGUUGCUGGUGACAUGUUCAUCAGUACCACAGUUUGAGGCCACUGUGGUCUACGGUAUUUAAAAUUGCUGGCCAUAUAUCUUCAUGGCAAACGGUUUGAUCAAAGUUGAACCCUCUGCCCACAAUGGUUGUGGUGGAACACAUUUAAUGACCUAGAUACGUUAAUUAAUUUCCUCUUGCCAAGUCUUUGCUAUAAUAUAGUUGCUGCUUUGAAUUUCUAUACUAUAGUAAUGUAGUUUCAGUUAUUAGGGAAAAUAAUAAAGAUGCCAUUUGUACUGGCAGUUUCUAAAUAAAAGGUGUAUUUUAUAGCAAACAUUCUAGCUGCUUUGCCUCUAGUGUGAAUUGAUUGGGAUUUAGUUUUUUUCAGUGUAGCUUCUGCCACAUUUGAUCAAGUGGUUUUAAUAGAGGAUUUUUGAUUAAAAAAAAUAGACAAAAGACAAAAAUGUCAGUUGUUUAACAGCAUAGGGUUUAAUGGUUUUGUCAUACAUUUGGUGUUGUUUGAUUAGUUAAUGCAAUCAGAUCAGAAUGUCCCUACCUUUCAUCAAUAAAAACAAAAUUCUGUUUCAAAUUCAAAGACAAAGAGAAUCUAUCAACGAAUCUUUAAGAAAUCCCAACCUGAGAAAAAGUAUUUUGUCUGAGGAGAAUCUUGAAAAGUUUCAGCCAUCACUGUUUUAUCUUGAGAGUUAGGUUUUGCUAGCAUCAAACAUGAGAGGUGGGUGAUUUUUUGUUCCACCCAACUAUAUUUAUAACUUACAGUUACAAAAACUAAGUAUUGAAAAUGUUAAAAGUGUUUUAAGUUUUUACAUUUCUAAAAUGUAUAGUAAAUAUCUAAUUCCAAAAUGCCUCCAGUAUUAAUCAUAACCAUGUUUAAUCUUCAAAGGUAAUUUCUUAAAAGGUUUCAAAAAGAAUAUAUUGUAAAAAAAAAAAAAACCUAGAAAAAAAAUUGAACAUCGAUUUUAAAAUGUCCAGCAAGCUUUAAAAAAUACAAACGACACAGUAGGAUUAUGUUGACUGGUGAUGUAUUUUUAAUGACGUUAUGCAGCAGACCAGCAUGUAUGACUUGUGUUCUUCUAGGGAAAGGAACAAAAAUAAUCUAUUAUGAAUGUUGUUUGCAGACUCUGGAAAUCCCAGCCCAAGAGAUAAACUGUUUAUCUUUAGGAUUGUGAUUUUCCCCAUCUCCAUUAGACACAAGUGACGUAAAUGAAAUGACAUUGUCUUUACACAGACCAAUGAUGUAAUUUAAUUAGCUGCUUUUUGCACCAGUGCUUGUAGUUGUAGAAUAGAUACCCUUAUGCUAGUUACACAUACCGUCUUAUGUCAAAUAAUCUUAGAAAAUUCAUACUACCCAAGAUUCAACAGAUGUUAUUUUAUUGACAUUGGGGAUAAACUGUAAACAUAAAACACAGUGAUAAUUUUUGACAUCAUUCUGUGUCUCGGCUAUUGAUUUGUAAGGAAAUGCAGAUUUAUCUUUCUGUAUCACAACAGAAGUACCGUAGUUGGAUUUAUCAGCUUUGCCAAAAGAAUAAUCUAUCAUUCCUGUAAACAUGGUUAGGCCUAUAUCUUAUCUGGUAGGCAACACAAUGCUGUAUUAGUGUGCCACAUCAGUCCAUUUUCAUCAACUCUAUCUUAUUGAAUACCUGCUAUGAUAGCAGUAAUAUCAUGCAUUAAUUACCAUGUUAUCUUUAAACACCCAUGACGAACACUUGUUUUAUGACAGAAAGAGAUGUAUAUUGUAAAACUUAGUAAUCAGUAUAACUUGCAAUCUAUUUGUAAGCAUAAAGAUCUGUAAUAUAAUGUGUAAAUCAUCAUGCAGUGUUUUAAUGAUAAGUGCAUUUAUUAUACAAGAUAGAUUGUUCACAAAUCAGUCGUCGGACCAUAGCAUAGUAAGGCGACAAACAAAAUUAAAAGUUUAAAAUAGGUCCGAGUUUUCAGAAAUUUUAUAAAUUUUAUUCUACAUAUCAGAACCAACAGAAAUCAUAUUUUGAUUCUGUAAAUUAUUUUCCAGUAAAUGUUUGAAAGAAUCACUGUAUCAUAAUUAUCGUAUAAUAAUAUGAAUAUAAAAUGUUAAAAAUUAUGAAUUUAAAAUAUGGUUAAUUGUAUCUUGUUUUUAAAUGAUAGGUCUGUUCCCAUGAUGCACCAUAUAGCGAUGAGUCACAGCAUGUAGUUAGCAUAAGCUAAGUUGUGGAAAUUAGAAGAAAUACUAAUUGGUUUAACAAGUCACUGUAGUAUGCAUCUAAAACUGAUUUGAUAUACGAUUUGAUUUAAUGUGAUUGAUAGUAUACAACAGAUGAUUACUGUGACAUUGUGAGAACACGCCUUUAAUUGCAUUAUACAACUGAGAUAUUUUCAGUAAUAACAGUUUUUAAUAAAUGGAAUUAUAUAUACUGUAUACAUUCCAGUUGACUAUUCCAUCCAUCUUUUUUCUUGCUUUUAUUUAGAAUCUUUUGUUUUGUUAUUUUCUAUGAUUUUUCUUUGCAUUUUUUCUUUUUUCCUUUUUUUUUGGGGUAGGGUGUCUUUUUAAAAGGUGUGUGUGUUAUAUAUUAUUUGUUUAAAUUUAUAUUGAAUGCUCACAACUUAAUUGAACAUAAAAAAUAUUUGGGGUAUAGGAGAUUUGUUUUUUGUUAGGUGAAGGUUGGAUUUUUCUCUUUCUUUUUUAUGGGUAGAAAAAAUUCAGAAAAGUUAAAUGCAACAAGCGAUACUUAUGAUUAAAAGGUUUAGCCAUGUGUUACAUAUAAUAUUUUUAAGUGAAUUCAGUUCCAUGUGUUAAUUUCAAAAGUGCAGAAAGAAGUCUUUCAGACUCAUUCAGAUCAGAGAAUUGUUAAGUAGGCAAUGUUAAAACAAUAGUGAAACAUUCUCUGUAUUUUUAUAAGAUAAAGUUUGUUAUUCAGUUAUUAACAAGUGAAUAUUGUGUUCGGAAGAACAUAUUCUUUACGCGAAAUGCUAGCAAGUUUUAUCAGUUAUCCCAGAUUCAUUUAUAGCAGAAGCUGAUGUUUCUGUGUUGAUUGAAUAGAAACCAGUUUAUUUAUACAAGAUUACAUAAUACCGUAUUAUAUAUAUUACCAAAUAUGCUGCUGUUGCUUUUUUUUUUGCUCUUUUUUUUUCAUUUGCUUUCAAGAUAGCUUUUUUAUUAGCUGCUGAAGCAUUUAUUAAGACAUUCUGGCAAUUAAAAAGCUUGAAAUUCAAGUGAAAAUGCAAAAAAUACAGAUUCAUUGUUUAGGUGAGCCAUAGGUGUUCAUUCUAAAUUUUAUUGAUGAUCACAUUUAUCCUACUUGCCUUCAUUGAAUGAUUUCAAUAUGAGAAUAAAUAUAACAUACAAUUGGUAACAGGUACAGAAUUGUCCGUUAUUAAUUGAAUUAAAAAAUAGUGAGAAAAGAAAUCAUGAAAGUUCUAGUUCUGAUUUCUGUGGUAUUGCAAAUAAAAAUGCUUUAUAAAAUUGUUAUGCGUCAAAAUGCCAAACCAAUUGUAAUUGCUGUAUGAAAUAUUAUUUCCUUGUCAGUUGAUUGCUGACAUUUGCAGAACAUCAGAAUGUUAGAAAGUACCUGUUUAUUGCAAAAUUAAAACAACAAAACACACACACAAGGCUCCAUUAAAAAACCCACUUUAGCCUUGUAAAACAAAUUCAAGAAUACCUAUUAUUAGAUCAGGGAUAUGGUUUUACAGCUUUUUAAUGAAUAUCAGUUAUUUUUAGUGUUUAAUUUAUUGAUGUAUUUAUUGGCAUAUUUAAAAAUAAUGUUUACAAUGUGGACUGAAUUUGAUUGGAAUGCUUGGGGGGAAAACCCUAUGGCAUAGAGUUUUCAUUUUUUAAAGGAUCGUUUAAAGUUUUAUUUUUAAGUAGGUAUCGCAUUGCUUUUGGUAAUUUAUCUGUUUUAUAUUCUUUGUAUGUUAUUGUAGAAUGUCUUUGUAAUCAGAUGUGUACAUACGAGUUGUAUUGAAUGUCACACGGUCUUGUUGGUGGGUCAGUGAUGUGUAUAAGCAGAAGCUGUCAGAAUUCUUGCAAUUUCAUUAAUAUCAUGCAAAGCUCAAAACAGAUUAUCAAAUCAUACAUAAUGUUAUGUGUGUAUAUAUGUCACAUUAUACGUAGCAUGUUAAUAUUGAAAUCUAGCAUAGCAAUUUCAUCAUUCUUGCUUCAAAUAUACAAUUGUUAUUUUUAAUGGUGUACAUAAAUGAUUUUUGUCAUUGUUAUAGCUUACACAGAUAUUUUUAAUUCUUGUUUAUAUUGUAUAUAUAACACAGAUUGUUAAUUUAUGUAUAAUAAUGUCAAUGCAAUGUUUUUAAUUGCUCUGUAGUCAAGGUCAUUAAAAUAUCCAUUAACUCUCUUAGUAAGUGUUUUGAGGCAUCUAUUUUCAAAGAUUUAAUAGGAUAUGGACUUCACUCCAAAAUUAAAAGCAUCUAUUUAUUAAGUUUGGUAAUCAACUCAGAAGGAAUUAAUUUGAAACAAAUGACUAGCAUGGUAUGUGAUUAAUUAAGCAAUUUUGAUUACAGGUGGUUAAAAAGUUUGAAAGACUACAUAUACCGGUAUUACAAUUCUGUAUGUAUGUCAGUUAUAUUAGCUUACAAGACUUAUAAUAUGUAUUUUUUUCUCAAACUAGGGGUAAAGCUAUAUUAUUUCUAGGUCUUAUUGUUUAAAAGAAAACUAGUAAAUAUGUAUUAAAAGACAUGUAACCUUUCAGUUUAUACUUUAAUUUUUUUUUUAUUUAAUGGUCUGGGGAAGUUAAAAUUAAAAUUCUAAAUUUUGCUAGUCUCAAGUCAAAUUUAGGAAUUAUAUAAUUUGAGACUUGUUGUUAGUGUUUUUAACAUGUAGUUUUAGCAGAAGUGGACAUGCUUUGAUUUUACUUAGAAAUAUUUUUCUCUUUGGAUAUAGCAUUUCUUACCUGGGUGCGAUAUAUUAUAGGAUUGAUCACUCACCUCGUCCCAACCAGCACUACACAAUUGGUUUGUCAAAGGUCUUGGUAUGUACUGCCCUUUUUGUGGGAAAAAUCAGAGGUGGGAAUUCUCCUCGGAUCAGCUGUUUUCCUCUCAUGGAACAUUGCGUUUCCUCGCAUUUUAAUCGUCCUUUCCUCCAAAAUGUGUCAGAUGGCACAGAUUUUAACCCAGGAUUUCAAGAAUUUCCAGGACCCCUCUAGAUUUCAUCUUUUUUACAGUUCUCCAAUUCCCACCCCUGAAAAAUACAUAUUCAGAAUCUCUUUCUUCUUUUUUGUUAAGAGUAGUCUGUUCUGUGGAAGCAAGUUCCCCCUCCUUUUAUCUAAACUAAGUGUUAAAGUAAUCGUACCAGGCGUGUGUGCAGAAAUGUAUACAGGGAGGGGUCUAGUCUAUGGCGAAUAAAUUUUCUAGUAAUGUCGAGCUAUUCUCCCCUGGGAAAUCCAUCACAAAAAGAGAAAAUUCACUUCACCAAUGAGGGUUUCGACUCCCUGUGUAUGUUAAUAGCUGUAGUUCAAACUGCUGAUCUAUUAAACAAAUAUUCCUUUCCUUUCUUACUCUAUUAGCAAGUGUAAAUGGGUGUUAGUUUUAAUGUAGGAUGCACCAAGCCAUCUAUUGACAGGGUCUAUGAGGUGUAGACUGUUUAGUUGGGUCUCAAAAUUUCAGGGUAAAUUUCGAUGUUCAGUCUUUAAUGAACCGGUCUCAUAUUCACAAUUCAGGUACAACUUUUACUACUUACUUGGUUAAUGCCUCGAAGUAACUGUAACAAUGAAACAAAAAGAAAAAUUACAAAUAAUUUUUAGAAAAAAAUAUGGUCGUAUUUAUAGAGGAAAUACAGUAUUGUGUUAAAUAACUAUGGUAAUAUUAUCCGUAGUUUAUACAUCUACAUAUAGAAAAUUUUUAUUGGUCUUGAAUAAAAUUUAAACCUUCCAUCAUACUUUAAUAAAAAUUAAAAUUAGCAUAACGAGAGGAUUAAUCACCUAUUACAUAUUUGUUCUGCAUUGAAGGUCAAGGUCACAACUUCAUUUAAAAAAAAAAAAUUACAUGAAAACUACACAUUAUUUUAUUGGUUGUUACAUUUGCCUGUGAUGUAUGAGUGAUAUUAACCAUCUAUUGAUAUUAAACUACUGUAAUUAACAUAAUAUCCACUUUUGUUUUAAAGUAUGAACAACAAAAAAACAUUGCUCAAAACAAAAGCAAAUGGACAUAUUCCAUUUUUGUGUGUUCUUUUGAAUGUGCAUGUGUAUAUGUAUAAAACUAACAUUUGUAAUGCAGGAAUUGUUUAAUCCAGUUAUAUAAUAUUGUAAUUACAAUUCAAGAAGCAUUAAGAUUAUGCAUUAUAUUAAAAUAUAUUUUACUUUAACAACUCAAUGCCAUUGGCUACAAACAUUCCAUGUUUGCUGUUACUAUUUUGAAUAUGAAGUAUUACUCAAGUAAUUUUUUAAAAUUUAUUUCCUUUAAAGAGAUUCUGUAUUUGCUGCUUACUAAAUUAUUCAGAUCUAAAGUAUAAUUAUAUUUUUAAACUCUUUUCAUAUAAAUGUGUUGAAAAUCAUUUGCUUAAAUGAUUCCAUUACAAGUGAAUAUAAAAUAUGAAAUAUAAAUAGGUUUUUAAAAAUCCAGUUCAUUUAAAUAUGUUAAUAAAAUUUACUGUUAUUUUUCCAUAAUUGCUCACUGGUAACUGAAAAUAUCUCAACUGUUGCUUACUUCAGAUUGAAUAAUGUUAUUUAUAACUGAUUUAAUUGCACUGUUUUAUAACUAACUCAAUAAUUGUCUAUGAGGAACAUCUACAGGUGUUUUUAUGAGAGCACCUUGUGCCUUCAGAUGUUGUAAUAUCCUCAUGUUAUGUAUACAAAUCUAAAGCAGCUGUUGAUAACUUGCCAGUGUAUUUUUCUUGCUGGGGUGUUGUUACACAUUCAUUCAUUCAUUCAUUCAUUCAUUCAUUCUGUUGAUAAUUUUAAACGAUGUUGUUGCAUUGAUUAAAAAUUGUUCAUUAAUUCUGUCAAGUCUUGAACUAUUUUUUUUUAAAUUAUUUUUAUCAGCAAGUUGUCUGUAGCAAUAAUACUGAGGCGCUCAGGGGUUUAAUUUAUUAAAAUACAUUAUUUUAUGAGACCUUGCCUAAAUUAUCAAUUUUUAUUAUUAUUUGAGAUUAAAAUUAUAACUUUUUUAAGUAAAACAAUUAAUGUUUGAAAGUACCAGUGUGUUCAUUAAAUAAAAAUGAAUGAUGAUUGUAUCUUGUCUUUUGACAAUACAAAUCUUCUACAAUCAUCAAGUAUUCCAGGAAGUAAACUGUCUUCGCUUUAUAUACCUAUCACGGAAAUAAGGUACAACAGCUUAGGCCACGUUAAGUGCUUUCAUUUAUUGUAAACUGUACACUUAUAAAUAGACAUGUAUAUUGCAAAAAUGUAUUUUGUGCAUAUUAAUGUAUUCCAAGUUUGAUUUUAAGGAUUUAGUUUAUGUAUUUUGUGUAUAUGUAUGUACAGUAAAAUGUACAUAAUAUGUACAAAAGAAUAAUUUGGCAUCGACAUAAGCAUUUACACAGGUAUUGCUUCACAAUGAAGCAAUUCUGCCAAACAUUUGUCUGUAGAAAAGUGCAGCAUGUUUCCUCUCAUUUUCCAGGCCUGACCUUACAGUAAUGUGUCAGAUAUCUAAUAGCUGUGGUUUUAAAUGUGCUGAGGUGCUAUUAAAACAUUCCUUUCUUUUCUGUCAUUUUGUUCUCAUCCACAAGGAAGUACAUUAGCUAUGGCCUUGGCUGUACCCACCAUCCACCAUUUUUCUCAUGAACAUAUUUAUAAGUCUUUAUUUUAGUGUAGUUAUUCCAUGGAUCAAACUUCACCUCUCGGCCCUUUUACUUGAACUGUUGAAGAAAAAUUCUUAUGCUUGCUGAUGUGAUACAGUUUAUGUAUGAAAACUAACAAUGUAUAUAUAAUUAAUAUUUAGUUUGAUAUACAAGUGCUUACUAUUGAACCUACCCUACAAAGCCCCCUGGAAGGAUGCUUAAAAAAACAAGUGGAAUCAUUGAUGAAUAGGUUGACCUAUUGAUAGGAAUACUUCCAAACUUUUAUGGCACGAAAUACAAUGUCGUUGUAUUUUAAAAUCAGAAAACAUGCUAUGGCAAAAGGUGGAAUCAUUGAUGAAUAGGUUGACCAAUUGAUAGAAAUACUUCCAAAACUUUAUGGCAUGAAACACAAUUUCAUUGUAUCUUAAAAUCAGCAACACGUACUAUGACAGUGUUGCCUCAUCCGAGAUCCUGUGGUUCUGUUCUGAUAGUACACCCUGUGAUAUCCAGUAAAACUUAAACAAGGUAUAUCAAGAAUAUGAUUUUACUGACGUGUACAGUUCAAAAUAUGGUAACAAGAAUUCAAAAUUCAAUUUGUAAAUACAUAGGCCCCUAUAGUUGUAUUUUAGUUGUACAUAGGAAUUAUAUGUAAAAUAAUCAUCGAGUAUUUGUAUAUUUUGUCAAUAUUUAACCCAAUUUUUAUAUCUAUAGUUGUAUAAAGGUUAUUGCAUUUCAGAUACGUCUUAAAACAGAUACAUUGUGAAAUAGGAGGAAAAUAGGACAAUUAUUAUGAGUACCAGUAUGCUUACAUUUAUUAACAUAUAUUUGAUAAUGUAUGGAAGUCGCAAUAUAUAAUCCAUUCCGGUUGUAUAUUUAAUAAAAUUAAUCUCUCUUGA